AUGGUACCUGACCUGGGUGUGCUGAUGGUACCAGACCUGGGUGUGCUGAUGGUACCAGACCUGGGUGUGCUGAUGGUACCAGACCUGGGUGUGCUGAUGGUACCAGACCUGGGUGUGCUGAUGGUACCAGACCUGGGGUGUGAUGAUGGUACCAGACCUGGGUGUGCUGAUGGUACCAGACCUGGGUGUGCUGAUGGUACCAGACCUGGGUGUGCUGAUGACCUGGGUGUGCUGAUGGUACCAGACCUGGGUGUGCUGAUGGUACCAGACCUGGGUGUGCUGAUGGUACCAGACCUGGACCUGGGUGUGCUGAUGGUAUCUGACCUGGGUGUGCUGAUGGUACCAGACCUGGGUGUGCUGAUGGUAUCUGACCUGGGUGUGCUGAUGGUACCAGACCUGGGUGUGCUGAUGGACCUGACCUGGGUACCUGGGUGUGCUGAUGGUACAGUAUAUGACCUGGGUGUGCUGAUGGUACCAGACCUGGGUGUGCUGAUGGUAUCUGACCUGGGUGUGCUGAUGGUACCAGACCUGGGUGUGCUGAUGGUAUCUGACCUGGGUGUGCUGAUGGUACAGUAUAUGACCUGGGUGUGCUGGUGGUACCAGACCUGGGUGUGCUGGUGGGACCAGACCUGGGUGUGCUGA